AUGCAUACAUCAUCCACCCAGUCGGCCCCGGCAGCCAAAAGGGCACGCCACUCCACCGGACACAGGGAUAUCCCCCAACCGACCCCGGAGCAGCGACCCAAAAACCGCUGCGCCUGGUCCCCAGGACGCCGAAGCCGACACACCUACCUAAUGGCCAAAAAGGGCCUACUGGGUAACCGUAGACCCGCCUCAACUGACGAGGAACGGGCCGAGUGCGCCCGAAUCAUCCAAGAUGCCGAGGCGGCGCAAGGGUUCACAGGCACCGAACAAGCACAACCGUCGAGCCAGCCUACGCCAGCCAGAUCAGGGCCCACCGGCCCCGAGCCAGCAAGCCGGCCAAGGACCACCCGCUCCAAAGCCGCCCCCGCCAGCUCGCAACCGACGCCCUCCAAGCGCCCCAGACAGUGA